GAGAGAGAGUAAGAAAGAAAUUAAUUAGAAAAAAAAGUAUAUUAAAAAAGACACAUAAAAGCAGAAAAAAAAAAAAGAAAAAGAAAAAAUCGCGAUCGAGACUGACACUUGAGAAAGUCACUUUUUCCCAACUGAGACUGUCGUCGUGUUCCAUCCAUUAUGUAUUACUAAUUGCUAAUUAUUAAUUACCGCUGAAGCCACAGUAUAUCGAAUCUCCGAAUUCGAAGAUCGACGAAACAGAGGAAAGGUAGCUUACAAAGCACACAAGCGGCGGCGAUUAAGAGAUUAAGUUUAAGCCAACGACCCUUUUACAUUUUGUAUACCGACGUUUUAAAAAAAAAAAAACAAAGAAAACCAAAAAAAAAAAAAAAAAAAAAAAGUAAGAAAAUAAGAAACAAGAGAAGAAAAGAAGAAACGAAUGAAAGAAAUAGAAAACAACGUCUCGUCCACCUGUCCAAUGACCAGCGAGGCUCCGAGACGACAAUGCCAGAUAUCGGUAACGAUUUUUACCAAUCGAUCGUAAACUUGUACAUCGGUGAAACGAGCGGGCCAUUGUAAAGUAACACGAAACGAUUAGAAUAUUACAAGUCGGCAAGUCAGCGUGCUUGAUCGUUCGCGACGAAUAUAUACAUAUAUACAUAUACAUAUAUAGUAAACAUAAAGAGAAGAAAAAGUCAAAAAGUCACCGUGUGAAACGCGCACACUUUCGGUUGAUACGCACGACAUUAACGCGCACCGAAAUCUGAAGCACAAAGAGGCAGAGAAUCGAAGAAAUCCACGUGUUUGUCGAUCGAACGUGGCUCCACUGUGAAAUUAUCGCGGAGAUACGCGGACACACGUGUAUCGAUUCGAAGGGGGAGAAAGAUUCGAUCAGAGUAAAACACGCAGCCAAGCGCGAGCAUUCAAACAGCUGAAAUAAAAGGGAAAAAAACCGUGUAUGUGUGUGUGAAUGUGUGUGUGUGUGCGUGUGUGUGUCUAACCCAACUGUCUUUCAAAACGUCGAAGUAUUAGCCUAUACAUUACGCACCUUUUGUAUUUGCUCCCGUGGUUGCCACGAAGAGACCCGUGAUCCAUUAUACGAUCAACGAACGACGAUAGAUAAAAGCCAGAGAAGAGAGAGAGAGAGAGAGAGUGUGUGUGUGAGAGAGAAAGAGAGAGUGUGCGUGUGUGUCUGUGAGAAAACGUGCAAAGAGAAACAAAGAAGAGAGCAAACAAACUGAUCAGCUGAUAACGAAGGAGCCGAAGGAGUCGCAAGUGAAAUUGAAAUAGGUCACCGUACACUCCGCCAAAAUUCAGCUGUUCAAGGAAAAAUUGUCGAAGUCCCAGCCUCCGGGAUUGUCCCCGAGGGAAGAGCAGAUAGCACUGAGAUCGGUGAAAGGUCAAUUGGAAACGGCUGGCCGGCCAACCAAUCGUCUACCGCCGCCGGUGGUGAUAAGGAGGAAGCAGAUACCGCUGAGGCCCGUGCCAACCAAACAGCAGGACUCGAGCGUCGCUGAGUCUAGCGUCUCGGACGAGAGUGGUGCUCAUUCCGUCAGGGAGGAGUCGAACGCCCUCGGCGACGCUAGAAAUUCGUCCGAGUGUUCGCCACGGGCCGUGAAACGGUCUACGGACGAGCACCGAGCGUCGUCGUGGGCAUUGUCGGAGAGCGGCUGCGAGAAGGCUCGCACUGGCCAGGAAGCUAGGGCACGCAAGUGGGGCUUCCUAGCCAAGUCAACGUCCACCAACGGCACAGCGAGGGUAUUCACGGAAGCUGGAACGACUUCGACCAGUUCCUCGUCGUACGAGCGUGACCUGCAAGCGACAUCGCGUCGGCCAGCGGAGAACGUCUCGUUCGAGCUAGCUAGAAGGGAGGCCGGUAGAAGUUUCGUCAGUAGAAUCAGCGACAGUACGUCGUCGGACUUUCAAGAGGAGAGCGAGUUGUCGUCGGAAGAGAGGGACGCAUUGAUAGAGGGUGUCAGGACACCGUUGACCGUCUGUCGAAAUCGAUUGACAAAGUUCGGCGCGAGGAGGAGGAUAGUAGCAGCUGGCUCCUCGUCGACAAGGGACCAUUUCGUUGCCGGCGAUCGUCUGUUAGGCCUGCGAGAGAACACCUCGUCCAGCUCGUCGACGGUGAAAUCACCGGCGGAGGACAUCCACGUGAGCGACGACCUCCCGGUGGAGAAGGACAGCCUCGCGGUCGAUCUCUCGUCGGGGAAGCCUGCCUCCGCGCCGACCACACUGUCCCUCGGCAGGAAGAUCACGUCGUGGACGAAGGAGGGCAAGGAUCUUCUUGUGAAGUCGGUAUCAUCGGCAAACACGCUCGCACCGGCGACGAUGACGUGCAUCAAGUCCCCUCGAGCGAUGUCGGAGCAUCUCCUGGGGCAGCUGGAGGUGCCUGUGACACCCGCGGUGCUCGGCGCGCUUCGCGUCAAAGGUGGAUCGCUGAAGGAGGGGGAGAGAAGCGAAAGGGUGACCGAUGUGCCGCGACAGAGAUGGAGCAGCGUCAGGGUCAAGGGUGGUAGCACGAAGAGUCUCUUGCUGGAGAACGGAGGGCCGCAAACCAAGCCGCUGAAGGGUGCUCUCACGGCAGAGGUGCUGUCCCUUGGAAACGAUAUCCUCCCAGAGUACAAAUUACAGUCACCUAGAAUCGGCAAGUGGACCAUACUACACUAUUCACCCUUCAAGGCGGUCUGGGACUGGGUGAUACUGCUGCUCGUAUUGUACACCGCUAUAUUCACCCCGUACGUCGCCGCCUUCGUCCUGUCGGAUCCGGAUUACAACAGCAGGAAGAACAAAAAGUACAGUGACGAUCCCAUCGUCAUCAUAGACUUCAUAGUCGACGUCACUUUCAUAGUGGACAUCAUCAUAAAUUUUCGCACGACAUUCGUGAAUAGCAACGAUGAAGUGGUGUCCCAUCCUGGAAAGAUAGCCGUCCAUUACCUGAAGGGUUGGUUCAUCAUCGACCUGGUGGCCGCCAUACCCUUCGACCUUUUUCUCGUUGGCUCCCACACUGACGAGCUCGGCUUGGACAAGGACGAGACGACCACCUUGAUAGGACUAUUGAAGACGGCUCGUCUUCUGCGACUCGUCAGAGUAGCCAGGAAGAUCGACAGGUACAGCGAGUACGGAGCCGCGGUUUUACUCCUUUUGAUGGGCACCUUUGCUCUUAGUGCCCAUUGGAUGGCGUGCAUAUGGUACGCCAUAGGAAACGCGGAGAGGCCAACGUUGAAGAGCAAAGUCGGCUGGCUGGAUAUCCUGGCCAACGACACGCAUCAAUUUUAUUUUCACAACAACACCGGAGGGCCGAGUAUAAGGAGCCGCUAUAUCACAGCACUGUAUUUCACCUUUAGUAGUUUAACAUCGGUCGGCUUUGGAAACGUGGCUCCAAACACCGACGCCGAGAAGAUAUUUACUAUAAUCGUUAUGUUAAUCGGAUCUUUAAUGUACGCCAGCAUCUUCGGUAACGUCUCGGCGAUUAUUCAGAGGCUUUACAGUGGUACAGCAAGAUACCACACGCAGAUGCUUCGAGUUCGCGAGUUCAUCAAGUUCCAUCAGAUCCCUAAUCCGCUUCGUCAACGGUUGGAAGAGUACUUUCAACAUGCUUGGACGUACACGAACGGAAUCGAUAUGAACAGUGUUCUAAAAGGAUUCCCCGAGUGCCUUCAGGCGGACAUCUGUCUUCAUUUGAAUAGAAAUCUUUUAAACAACUGUAGAGCCUUCGAGGGUGCCAGUCCUGGUUGUUUAAGGGCGUUAUCAUUAAAAUUUAAAACGACACACGCACCGCCCGGUGACACGUUGGUCCAUCGAGGAGACGUGUUAACGUCCCUGUACUUCAUAUCGCGCGGCAGCAUAGAGAUAUUGAAGGGCGACGUGGUGAUGGCGAUCCUGGCCAAGGACGACAUAUUCGGGGAGAAUCCUUGCAUAUAUCCGACCGUUGGCAAAGCGUCAUGCAACGUGCGCGCAUUGACGUACUGCGAUCUGCACAAGAUACACAGGGACGAUUUACUCGACGUUCUGGCCCUUUAUCCGGAGUUUUCCAAUCACUUUAGCCAGAAUCUCGAGAUCACGUUUAAUCUGAGAGACGAAGAACAGGCUGGUGUCGAUCCAAUAUCAGCAAGGUUUCCUGUCAGUACUCCAACGGACGUCGAUGUCGACGCUAGGAGAUUCGCUUUCCGUCCACCAAGAUACCGUCGAGGACCCGGUGGUCCUGGCACCAAUCUUAUACCCACUGGUCGACAAGACUCCUUGCAGGGUGAUCAGGAAGACUACGACAAAGGAAGUGGUCAUGGCAUUCUGGAGUUCAGUACCGACAAAGCCGGCCAAGACGUAACACCAUUGAACCUAGAGUUCGACGAGCCAAAGCAAAGAAGCUCUACACUGAACUCCAUAACCGGCAUGCUAACCCAUCUCAAGCGCAGCAUACCGGACCUACGUCAACACAAGAUCCAUCUUCAACCGCUGACGAGUCACGAUUACCUUGCCAAGCAGAUGACCACGCCGUUGACGAAGCCAGUACGAAGAAGCUCGGCCGCUGGCGAAAGCUCCCUCAGCCAGAACGCCGUGCAUCCAACAUCGACGACAUCCAGUCACUAUACCACGCCAUCGCCACCGCAACAUCCACAGUCUCAUGGUGACUUUCAGAGUGGACCAGGCCGGCCAGUAGAAGAGAUAAACGCGAGAAUAGACCAGCUGUCGCGACAAGUAUCCUCGCUGGAGCAUUCUAUGGGAGAGAACAUCAGGUUGAUCUUGACUCUGCUGCAACAGACGCUCAACUCGUCGAGGGAAAGUUCCAGCAUCGAGAUGAUGCCUGGAACUACAUCGGCUGGGCUGUCGAAGCAAAGCAGUAGUAGAGCUCCGGCAUUAGUCCAACGGUCGGCCAGUGAACCACAACCACCGACAGGUCCGCCGUCGAGCAAUGGAAAUGGAAAGCUGCAGCCUAGCACGUCUCACAGUUUGUUCAGCUUUCUUUCGAAAUCCCUGGAUCAGUUGCAUUUGAUUUCGGCGUCUUUUAUUUUGGAAAGGUUGGACAAGUUCCGAAGCAGACCUCCAACGAAAGAGCCAACAUCAACCUCCUCGGGCACGUCACGAAUGACGGUCACGUCGGACACAUCCGCUCUGGCGACAGCCCUACAAACGGCGUUGAACGGAAGAACCGCUCCGACAAGGUCGCAGAGCCAACCGGUUGACCUGGCCGUGCCACUACCUACGCAACAGGCACACCUGCCACACGCGUGGCACAGCCAGCCUGCUGCAUUUAGGAGAGGAGAAUUCAGAAGCGGGUACAGUUCGUUCAACAAGCGCCCGGAACCGGAAGGUGACGAUCCAUGGAGCUGCGUGGUAUCCGUAUCGGAUCGAGGAAGCUCGCAACGUCCUCGUAGCAGCGAGUCGCGAAAGGAGCCGACGAAUCAUCGUGGCUCUGCCGAUCUGGCAGCCAGCCAACGUUCGGAGAGUAGGCAACCAACUCGAGAGGAAAGCGCCGGAGUACUCGACAAGCGGCAAGAGUCCUCGAGGCAAACCAGCGAGGACAUCUCCUGGGAGUACACGAUAAACGAGGCGCCGAUCGCUAGACUAGAGUCGUUGGACGAACUCGAUCAGGAUCACGGGACGAAGAUGCGAGCGCGAUGAGGGGAGGAGGCGAGGAGAAAAAAAAAAGCAAAGAAAAGAAAAGAUGAUGUACAACAACCGGAUGUUGAAAAUACGGUGGGACGACUAAGAAUGGAAAAAAUGACACAAAAAGGAAAAGAAAAGUUAAAGAGAAGUCUCUCACGAGGAUGAAGUAACAAUUCAAUAUGCCUGCGCAAUAAACGGUAUAUAUAUAUAUAUACAUAUAUAUACAUGUUAUACAUACACGCGCGUGUGUGCGUAUAUACACACUGAAGCGGCGAAGCGUGCGUGCGUGCGUGCGUGCGUGUGUGUGUAUGUGUGUAUGCGUGCACACGUUGUAAAGAAAAUUUUUUACAAGAUAUCUCGAAUUAAUCAAUGCUCCUAAGCGUACCGUUGGUUUCUCUUCCUCUCUUUUCGUUCUCGACCUCCCGAGUUUACUUUGUUUCACUCCACCCUCUUCUCCCUUCCUCCUCUCCCGUCCUCCGGCGACUUAUCACCGACAGCGACAAAGGUGAAAAAGCGGCGAUCGACGACGAUCCUCCCCGAUCAUCCCCCGCGAAAUCGUUUUCCAAACGUUCGUCGAUGUUAGAUGUUGCCGAUAUGAUGUUGCGGUCGUUGACAAUAAAAAGUUGGAAAUUGAUCUCGAGCCAUUUAACGAUCUGACGAACGCGGUGAUAGAUAAGUAAAUUAAUUAAAAGAGAGAGAGAGAGAGAGAGAGAGAAGGAGAUAAACGGACGAUCGAAAUUACAUAUCGUACCUCGAGUGAGUUAUUAAUGUUAAUUAAAUCUUGUUGGAUUUGACUCGAAGCAAUAUUUGAAAUCGUGUCGGUGAUAAAAGAAGGGAACGGCGACACCGUUAUUGAUAAAUUGAAUUAUUGAUAAUAACUUGAAAGUCGAAAUUCUCGAGAGAGGAAGCGUACGCUUGCGUAAUAGGUAUAUUAAAAAAGUUGCGAGGGAUGAAUGUGGAAGAAAGAAUGUGCGGCGAGAGGGAUGAAUUUCUAGAGUGUAUAGAGGGGGAGGUUCGAGUUGGGGAUCGUCGAUCAACAGAUUUAUUCGUUCUUUGCUCAGUAUUUUAGGCUGUAAAUGAUACCGAUACAUUCGAUGUAAACGAUUAAACGACUCGUAGUUACUUCGUAACGAGAGGUGCAGAGCGGCGCAGCGCUAAACGAGAAAGCAGCUUUUUAAUUACAAAUAGCGAUUAUCUUUGAUUAUUACUUACCAGUAGUACACGCAGCACACGUGGAUUUUCGCACUUAGAUACACGGCGAAACGAAUGCGGAUUUAUUGUUCUUUAAGAAAAAAGAGAAAAAUGCAAGGGAAAAAAAGAAAAAAGAAAUGAAAGAAAGUGAAGGAAGGUUCGACGAACGAUCCAGUAAAGAGGGCAACAGUGAUCACUUCAGGGAUAAAAGA